CAACUGGAAGGAAAUCAUUCAGAGGAGGCAGAAGAAAGCAGAAAAGAUAAACAGCAGAUAGCUUCACCAAAUCUGUACAGAAUAGAGGAUGUAGAUUCUGUGGGCUGCUCCAGAGAUAUGAUUCAGGCACCCUGUCAAACUGGGAAAGAACAGUUACAAGUGUUUUAUGUCAGCUGAGUUCUAAUAUGAUCAAGAUGGAGUCUGCCCUCAUGCUUUCACAGCCCUGAAUCUCUGACACUCUGGAGAAUUCUCCGUAGAGAAGAUAUGCAAGAGGUAAAACCAUUUCAUCCUGCAGAGAAUUUCACGGAAGUCAUAAUGUUUCCUCUGGCCCUCUUUGCAUUACACUGUGGAACCUGUUGCUAAAGUACUAUGACAUGUCUCUAGCAAUCAGAAAAAGAAGCUGGGAGGAACACGUGACCCAAUGGAUGGGCUUGCCGUUUGGGUCUAUUGAUUCUAAUAUAUUAUGUAGGCAUGGCCUAGUAGCUGACAACGUGCAAGCAGGUAUGGAAAAUGACAGACUUCGGAGCGAAAGCCAGAAAGAAAGAAGUGCUUCCUUGCCAGACUGCUGUCAUGGUGGAGAACUGGGAGGUUUCCCCACAAAGCUGCUUGGUAAUGUUUCCAGAGAGGUAGAUGAAAAUGACAAUCAUCAAGAGGAAGAAGAAUUUCCCUCUCUUGAGGCUAGCACAGAAACAUUGGUGAAUGUUUCCAUUGGUGGUGAUAAUGAUGCUGAGGACAACAACAUAGAGUUCUCUUUGGAGAAAGUCAACCACCAGCUUGGUGACCCUGAAGAAAAAUGGUCAGCUGAAAGGAACCAGUCAGAAGGAGGAGCAGGACUCUUCGUGAAGAUGGACCCAGGUGUGGAAGCAAAGGAAGACUCCAGUCAUGCCUUGGAUUCUGUUGGGAAACUUCAUCAUGAGACAGAUCCCAAAGCAUUGAAGGAAUAUAAUUAUGAUAGGAGAGAAGAGAGACUAGAACUUUGUUACAACAGCUCCAUUGAAAAUGAAGAGACCCCAGAAGAAAACUUGUCUGAGCCUCCAGAUACGGGAGAAACAAUGCCUGAGAAGAAGAUGGCCCAUGAUAUUGUAGCUGCACAGAAGCAUGAAAAAUCGAAUGCUCCUAAAGAUGGGAAUGGAAAAACAGUUUGUGGUCAAUUAUUUGAUGAAUUUUCUCCUGGUCAGUGUAGUGACCUAAAUGUAGUUGUUGCAGAUUCCAGAAAUGUUCUUGUACCAUCACCUGGUUCUUGUUUCCUAUCGGAGGAAAAUGUUCUGGACGAAAAUGGCUUUGCAUGUGCUCAAGACAAAUGCAGCAAAAGCACGUCCCUGGUGGAACGUAUAAGUGAUUUAAAGAACAACACAACCACACAUGAGCCUACGGACGGUCAAGUCAUUUUGCGCAAAAGAAAGGAAGUGAGAGCAGAUCACUCGCGAUUGGACUCCAUGGUGCUACUCGUUCUCAAACUGGACCAGCUAGAUCAGGAUAUUGAGAACGCUCUCGGUUCAGCUUCCUCGCCUUCCGACAUGCUGACACACACACGGAGGCAUAUACAUGAUUUGGAAUUGCAUCCUGAUUCUAGAGUGGACAUUGCUCUACUGAGCCACCAGCAAACAAACGUACCACCCCCACCCCCUCCACCUCUUCCGCCACCCUAUGUUGCUGAUCAAGCAUUUUCCACACCAAUGACUGGUUCUGGAGCUAAACCAAAGGCUGGGGCCAUGCCAAUUUUUACAGAAAAGGAGAAGGCCGAGAUUGAGGCCAAAGAGGCUUGUGAUUGGCUGCGGGCAGCAGGGUUCCCACAAUACGCUCAGCUAUAUGAGGAUCUGAUAUUUCCCAUUGACAUUUCUUCGGUCAAGAGAGAACAUGACUUUCUCGACAGAGAUGCCAUUGAAGCUUUGUGCAGGCGUCUAAAUACUUUAAACAAAUGUGCAAUGAUGAAGCUAGAGAUCAGUCCACACAGGAAGCGGAGUGAGGAUUCGGAUGAAGAUGAGCCUUGUGCGAUAAGUGGCAAGUGGACCUUCCAGAGGGACAGCAAGAGGUGGUCCAGGCUUGAGGAAUUUGACGUCUUCCCCCCGAAGCAGGAUGUGAAUCCUUCAUGCCCAGAAGCGGCUCAUCUCAGCAGUGCAGCUAGUCAUGGAGGCCUGCUAACUGACCACACCGAACGUCAGGAGGUAGUUUCCGUCCACAGCAUCAGCAGCCACCCAGAUGCCUCUCAGAGCGAAGCGCCCACCACCAGAACCAACUCUGUCAUCAGUGUUGGCUCCUCAGCCAACUUCGUGGCAAAUGAGGACUCCUUCAGCAGCUUGCCCUCUCCUAAAGAGCUGUCAAACUUCAAUUUCAACGUGAAAACUAACGAGAAGAAUGCCAAGUCCAAAACGAGAAGCCUCUUGAAGAGGAUGGAGAGCUUUAAAAUAAAAAGCUCCCAUCAUGGUAAAAGCAAAGCUCCUUCAAAGCUUGGCCUUAUCAUCAGCGGGCCUAUCUUGCAGGAAGGCGUUGAUGAAGAGAAACUGAAGCAGCUGAACUGCGUAGAGAUCUCCACCCUCAAUGGCAACCACAUCAACAUCCCUAUGGUACGUAAAAGAAGCGUCUCCAAUUCCACCCAGACCAGCAGUAGUAGCAGCCAAUCGGAAACAAGCAGUGCCGUCAGCACCCCAAGCCCCAUCACAAGGACGCGCAGCCUCAGCGCCUACAAUAAAAGAGUAGGAAUGUACCUCGAAGGCUUUGAUCCUUUCAACCAAUCAACGUUCCACGAUGUCAUGGAGCAGAACUUCAAAAACAGGGAGGGCUUUGCUGAAGACACAGUCUUCUUCAUUCCAGAAGACCACAAGCCUGGGACUUUCCCCAAAGCCCUCUCCAAUGGUAACUUUGCUCCCUCGGAGAACAGCACUUCGGUCAACUGGAGAACGGGGAGCUUCCACGGCCAUAGCCACCUCGCCCUCAGGAGGGAGAACAGUUCUGACAGCUCCAAAGACCUGAGCCUUGGGAAGAGGCGCAAUUCUUCCAGCUCCAUGUGCAGCCGCCUCAGCAUUUACGACAACGUGCCAGGAUCUAUCCUGUAUUCCAGCACGGGGGACCUGGCUGGCCUUGAGAAUGAAGACCUCUUUCCUGAGCUCGAUGACAUCCUGUAUCAUGUCAAAGGCAUGCAGAAAAUUGUGAACCAGUGGUCCGAGAAGUUUUCAGACGAAGGAGACUCUGAUUCAGCCCUAGACUCAGUGUCUCCAUGCCCUUCGUUUCCCAAGCAGAUCCUCCUCGAUGUGGACAAUGAUAGGACAAUACCCAGUGACCUCGACAGUACAGGAAAUUCCUUGAUUGAUACGGAAGAAUCAACAGGGAUCCAGGAAAGAAGAGACUCUGGGGUGGGAGCAUCAUUAACACGUUCUAACAGGCACAGAAUGAGGUGGCACAGCUUCCAGAGCUCCCAUCGACCCAGCUUAAGCUCAGCACUGCUACAGAUUGACUGCCAGUCUGUGGCACAGAUGAACCUUCUGCAGAAAUAUUCCCUCUUGAAGUUAACUGCCCUCUUGGAGAAAUAUACACCUUCCAAUAAACAUGGCUUCAGCUGGGCUGUGCCAAAGUUUAUGAAGAGGAUAAAAGUUCCAGAUUAUAAAGACCGAAAUGUGUUUGGCGUUCCCCUCACCAUUAAUGUCCAGCGUACAGGACAGCCUCUUCCUCAGAGCAUCCAGCAAGCUAUGCGAUACCUUCGCAACCACUGCCUGGAUCAGGUUGGGCUUUUUCGAAAAUCUGGAGUCAAGUCAAGAAUCCAGGCGUUGCGACAAAUGAAUGAGAGCUCAACAGGCAAAAUAAAUUAUGAAGGGCAGUCUGCCUAUGACGUGGCUGACAUGCUGAAGCAAUAUUUCCGCGAUCUGCCAGAGCCACUCAUAACCAACAAACUUUCUGAGACUUUCCUACAGAUCUACCAAUAUGUGCCAAAGGACCAGCAUCUCCAGGCGAUCAAGGCAGCCAUUAUGCUUCUACCAGAUGAGAACAGAGAAGUCCUACAGAUCCUCCUAUACUUUUUGAGUGACGUCACGGCCGCUGUGAAGGAAAACCAGAUGACACCGACAAACCUGGCUGUGUGCUUAGCGCCUUCGCUUUUCCACUUGAACACCCUCAAGAGGGAAAAUUCUUCCCCAAGGCAAGUCUCCAGGGUGAUGCAGAGGAAGCAGAGUCUGGGGAAACCUGAUCAGAAAGAUUUAAAUGAGAAUUUGGCUGCAACGCAAGGUCUGGGCCACAUGAUUGCAGAGUGUAAGAAGCUGUUUCAGAUCCCUGAAGAAAUGAGUAGAUGUCGGAAUUCCUAUACGGAGCAAGAUCUUCGGCCUCUGAGCUUGGAGGAACUAGGCAGAACUAAUAACUCUGAGCCUGCCAACUACCGUUUUUACAUCCAGGACUGUAUGGAUGAUUUGCUUAAGGAGAUUAAGGAUAAAUUUAAAGGCUGGGUCAACUGUUCCACCUCGGAGGAAGCAGAGCUUGCCUACAAGAAGGUUUCCGAGGGGCCACCUCUCCGGUUAUGGAAAUCCACGGUUGAAAUCCCUGCCGUUCCUGAAGAGAUCUUGAACCGUUUACUUAAAGAACAGCAUCUUUGGGAUGAAGAUCUUCUGGAUGCUAAAGUGAUUGAGACGUUGGACAGCCAGACUGAUGUAUACCAGUAUGUCCAGAACAGCCUGGCACCCCACGCAGCCAGAGACUAUGUCGUCCUAAGGACUUGGAGGACGAAUUUAUCUAAAGGCGCUUGUGCACUUUUAAGCUCCUCGGUGGACCAUGACUGUGCUGCAGUCCUUGGCGUUAGAGUGAAUGUGCUCUUGUCCAGGUAUCUCAUUGAACCUUCUGGAUCAGGAAAAUCCAAACUCACCUAUAUGUGCAGAACUGAUUUAAGGGGCCACAAACCCGAUUGGUACACAAAGGCUUUUGGACACUUGUGUGCAGCUGAAGUCAUUAAGAUCAGAGACUCUUUCAGUAAUCAGAACCUGGAGACGAAAGAAGCGAAGUCCAGGUGACGACUGAAGCAGACCAACGUGGCCGCAACGUGAACAUAUACUUCCAGGAACUGUUGAUUGUUACAAAACAGGCCACAGGGUGGCCUAGUAAGUCUUGCCAUGAAGAAAGUAUGUCUGGAAUGGGCCCGGGAUUCUCACUUCCAACGUCUGUGGCAAACAGUACAUUUUCAAAGCUGCUUCCUAUUGUUAUUAGGCCUAUAUACUGUAGGCCUUGACUGGAAUAUAUUGGAUGGUGCAACCUUUUUUUUGUUUUGUUUUUUUAAAAUAAUACUAUACUAUGUUGCUUAGACAGUGUGAAUUGCUUCUGAGAAGCAAAACCCUUAAGACUUUAAAUAUAUAUUUCUGGAUUGUAGUGGAAAUGAUUCUUUCCUAUAUAAUGUUAGGUUUAUUGUAUGUAUCUGUGUGCCAUUUGUUGAGGGACUGUUUCAUCCACUGGAUUUGUUGGCACUCGUCCAUGGGGGUCUCGCUAAAGCAAGUGAAGGAAGGUUUGCACAGAGGCAGAGGUGUGAAUGACUGUGUAGUUGUUGAGCGGAGUUGUAGAAAACAAGAGUAGGGGAAUUGGAAGUGUCUGGGACACCCAAGAGCAUUUGGGAAGAUUUUAAUCUGUGAGGGGGAGGUAGGCCUAGGAGCUUUUUGUCUGUCCAACAGACCAUCGCAAGCUAGUCUUUGCUCAUGUGUACUGUUAUUACUUGUGUAUAUCAGAAAAGGAAAAUAGGGGAGCUGCCCCAAACAUGGCAAGGAAAGCUGAAGCUCAACACUUGCAAAUGAAGAUGGCUGAAGCGAAUAAAAUGAAUGCCUGGUGCAUUUCAACUUGUGUCUUUUCAUGGACCUUGGGUUGUAUUCCAUCAUGCAAGGACUUCUGUUUGCACGACAGAACUUUGCCUUCCUCUUUUCUCCCUACACAUCCCCCCAAAUCUGCUCCAGAGAGUUGGGGGAAACCUCAGAACAGAUUUGGAGGGUUCAUGGGGGGGGGGGGGAAGAGAGAAGAGGAGCUCCAUUGCACUAGCAGAAAUCCUUCAUGAACUUUGUUGGAUACCAACCCAAUCCUCCUAAAGAUGAGUUUCCUAUUUUAAAGUUCUCAGGGCCUUUUCACCUUCGUUACACCCAGGUAAAUCUGAGUCUACAAAGAGUGUGUGUGAAACCUGGAGUUGUGGUUGUUGACAGCUUCCUCAAAAGGGCACCUGCAGAAGACCUGUAUUUGCCAUGCCCAUGUUUUAUAUUGGGGCUCUUCAAGCUUGGGUUCCCAGAGAUGAACUGUAACUCCCUAUUAUUCUCUGCCAGCUAAGCCACCAAUCAGAGGAGAGGAGUUGUAACUCUGACAACAUCUGGGGACCCAAACUUGAAGAACACUGCUUUCCAUUUGCAGCUGCACUCACUUAGAAGCCUCUUGGGCAUGUUUCAAAAAACAAAAUGCGUGUGAAGCUUGACAGCACCCAUAUUUCUACUUCUCAGAUGGAGAAUGUCUUGGAGUUAAGGCCCUUGAAAAGGAUAUACGUUGAAAGGUAUUGGAUUUUUUUUUUUUACUUUUAAGCGUGAAAUUUCCUCUCAUUUUUGCUCCACAGCCACCUUCCUGCACAAGUGCCUGUUGAAAGUAUUGGCCGUGGUCUUUUAACAAUCCUCUCUUUCGAAUGAAUCUCAUAGGAAUGGACGGAAAGCUUGUGGCAUGAGCUGAAAAUGCUUUCAGUGGCUUGAAAAGUCAGCACUGGAAUAUGUCAUAACUGGAGCAUUCUCAAGUUCUAAAGCGAUUCAUUGUAAUAGAAUACCGUGUUAGGAGUUCGAAAGUCUUCAUAUAUUCCGCUCCACUAUAACCAUAUAACCUCAUUUUAUCCACUUAGUUUGAAGGGAGGGGACCUCCAAAACCUUCAGAGGUUUGGAUAAGAAAGGGUACUGUGGCUAUCGGAUUAUGUGGUGUAGUGUAAAGGACUGCAGGCUAGGAUAAAUGGGAGGGUCAGAGUGAUGAGGCCUAAGAUGCUUCAGGUCAACCACCUAGACCUAUAAACUCUAAACAUCCUCUCUGGGGGAAGCAAGAUAGCCAUAAUAAAAGAGCAACGAUAUCUAGGAAAGAUGUGUAUAGAAGAUGUGCUGUUAUUUUGCCUUCCUUAGAAGCUGUAGAUGCAAUUGUCUGGUGCUGAGGUCAUGUUUGCGGGCUUCUCUUAGGCAUCUGGUUGGCUGCUGUGAGGACAGGAUGCUGGACUAAAUAGGUCAUUGGCCUGAUCCAGGCAGCUUCUUAUAUUCACAUACAGUUCAAUGCAUUCCAAGGGGUUGGGUUAAAUGACCCUUUGGAUCCAUUCCAACUCUUCAUUAAUUUUGUGUUUCUGUGAAUGUGGAAUAUGAAAUACAGUGAUACCUCUAGUUACAAACUUAAUUUGUUCCGGAGGUCCGUUCUUAACCUGAAACUGUUCUUAACUAGAGGCGUGCUUUUGCUAAUGGCGCCUCUUGCUGCUACCGGCACACAAUUUCCGUUCUCAUCCUGGGGCAAAGUUCUCAACUCGAGGUUGAGCAGAGUUUGUAACCUGGAGUGUUUGCAAUCUGAGGCGUUUGUAACUCGAGGUACCACUGUAUCCCCCAAAGCGGGGCUUGGACCCUUGCUGGGACUAUUGCCUUCUUCCUACCAAAACCCAACCUAGAGUCCCAUGUAGGUCGCGGGUUCGAUCCGCAUAUGGAACAGCUGCCUAUUCCUGCAUUGUAGGGGGUUGGACAAGAUGAUCCUCAGGGUCCCUUCCAACUCUACAAUUCUCCGUGAUUCUAUGUAAGGGUUGUUCUUUGGUGAAAUGCAGUAUUAGCACAGAGAUGUGCUGAACCAAUGUAAGGCGAGACUGGGGUGGGAUGUAGAUUGGAGAAUGAUUCUGUUCAAAGAAAAGUCUUUUUCUGCAGUUGUCCAUAAUAUCUCUACACUCGGACUCUGCCCCUGGAAUCCAGCCUUUUAGCCCUCCCUGCAAAAGCUAGAACAGGCUGCUCACGCUCACACAGGUGAGUCUUACGAAAGAUGGAGUGACCUGCUGGACAGUUGGUUCUGUUUUGCUCACCCUCUCAACCUAGAAAAGGCCCUUGUGACCUUGUGGUUGCCUCCUUUCCCCAUCCCAGGGCAGUGAUGCAGCUGGAAGCAGCCCAUAGUUACCAUUGACAGUGUUAGAUAUAUAUUUUUUACUUUUUAAAAAAAGGGGGGGGGGUUGUGUGAUGAAGAAUUAUGGUGCGUUGGUGGACUGUGUCUUGUUCCUACAAAUCACCUAUGACCACAUUAUUGGCCCAUUUUUAUUUCAUUGUGUUUUAUGUCACUGUGUCUCUCGUUUGCUUCUCUCUGUUCACGUUCUGCUCUUUGUAUGUCACAGUAGGACACACAUGCAAAGAUCAGGUGAGGAACUAUGAGAGAGAGAGAGAGAAGAUUUGCAGUGAGGGACACCCGGCAGGCUGGGGGACUUCUUUGUUGAUCUGCUUGCAGCAUUUCAGGGAGAAGUUUCCAGGGACAACAGUCCUUGUGAUAUCUGUCCAGAAAUCAUGAAGAACGUAGCAGGGAUUUUACUAAUUCUCUGGAUGUGGUUUGCGUCUCUCUACCAAACCCAGAGGUUAAAUCCUUUGCCCUUGCAAGGAAUACUGCCAAGGAUCAGAUAUGGGUUGGAACCAACUGUUUCAGAUGUGACCUGAGGGGAAAAGCUGUUCUAGAUCAGUAGUCUUCAACUUUUCAGACCCAGGACUAGCCUUUAACCCAAACAUGCAUGUGGAGAGCCAUUGCUCUCUCUCUCUCUUUUUAGCAUAUAUUUGGAUGGUGUUAGUGCUAUUAUUGCGACCCACUAUAGACCAGGCCGCAA